AUGAAAGCCUUGGCUCCACUCCCCGACGAGAAUGACCCUGGCACAUUCAAAUACGAGCCUCUCCCAGAUGACGACGUCCGAACCUACGUACGGAUUGGCGGCUCGCGGUGUCCGCUUACUUCCUAUCUCAAGCGACGACUCGAGGAUAUUCCCGGUUCUCCUCGGCCUGUGAAAGAGACGGGAGACCGAGCCUACCAAGGAAUGGCGCAAAUUUGA